GACGUUGUGGAUGAUUUCGCGGCAAAAAAGGAAUUGGCGCGCAAAUAGGCGAGCUGAGGGAGACCGGGGGAUCAGCUGGGAGGCGAAAACAAUAGCAAGUCUGGGUGCAGCAGGGACGAACCGACCACCGUGAAUUUUUGUUAAGUUUUUCCACUGCCCCUUUUGUACGCUGAAUUUUGGGCUUCGAAUUGCUGUCGGCGGAUGCAAAGAGCUUAACGUAUUGCGACAAGAAGAUCCUAAAUGACAAGACUUUGCAAACCUCCUCCUCCUCCACUAAGUUUGCUUAUCAGAAGCCACCAACAUUGUGAUCAUUUCUUUACAGGUGCAGCCUCUUCUCUGUGAAUGACCAAGCACAAAGUCAGUUGGUUUUAAAGAUCUUAGCAGUUUGGAAAACCAUUUUUUCCUACUUUUGGAAACGGCGUUUAUUUUGGGACUGGAUCUGAAUCUGGAUCUUCCAUGAUGUUUUUUUGCAAACUCUUUCUUCACCUGCGUACCCACAUUCAUUUUCCCUGUGAUCCAACCCAAGGGGGGUUGUUCAAUUAAAGCUUAGGGCCCACUAGUGUUAUCAGCUGUUAUUCUUCUGUUAUGGGAACUAUUGAUGUUAAGAUGCAUUUCAUCAUCUGACCAUGUCCCAGGAGUUUGGGGUGACUUACAGCUGCAAUGAAGGAGAUUUGGGGGCUCUCUGGGAAGCUGGAACCUUCCAGGUGGCUGAACAGCAGAUUGUUAUUAUAUCCACCCCUGAUGUCCCUGCUGAAGCUGCUGGAAACCCUGGUCUCAGUGAGGCAGAGUUGAUGCUCUUUACCACCCCUCAGGGUCCUUCCACGUCGUAUACUGCUCAGAGGCCCGCUCUUGGACGCCCACCGGUGAAGAGGAAGUUAGAUUUGGAAACUGUAUCCAGAUAUAGUCAAGAUGGACUACAGACUCCCCGUGGGAAGGGCAAAAGACCUCUGAAAGCCGUGAAAUCCCCAGGCGAGCGGUCUCGGUAUGAUACAUCCCUGCAUCUUACAACCAAACGUUUUCUGGAACUGCUAAGCCAGUCUCCAGAUGGAGUAGUGGAUCUGAACUGGGCUGCUCAGGUGCUGAAUGUGCAGAAAAGGAGAAUAUACGACAUAACCAAUGUAUUAGAAGGAAUCAACUUAAUCGCUAAAAAAUCCAAAAACCACAUACAAUGGCUAGGGUAUACAUCAUCUGUGGAAUUCAGCAGCAGAUACCAGAGUGUGUCGAAGGAGUGCCAGAAUUUAGAGGACCAAGAGAAGCAGUUAGAUGAACUUAUUCACAUGUGCAACACUCAGUUGAAAUUGUUUAAAGAAGAUGAGAGUCAUGAUUAUGGAUAUGUAACUUGUCAGGACCUUCGGAGCAUUGCAGAUCCAUCUGAACGCAUGCUUAUGGUGGUGAGGUAUCCUCCAGAGACAGAUAUGUGUAUUUCAGAUCCUUCUGAGGCUUAUCAGAUGUCUCUAAAAAGCACACAGGGACCUAUUGAUGUAUUUCUCUGUCCAGAUGACAGUUCUGGUGUGUGCAGCCCAGUCACAAGUCCCACAAAAACUAGCCAAGCAGAACCCUCGUCCAUUAUCGAAGCAGGGCCCUUGCCUAUCCAACCGAAAGAGGAAUUGCCUGCUUCUGUCCCUAUGCUGGACAUGGGGCUUGGGCUGCUGUCUGACAUGCAAGAGCCGUUCCUGCCACCUGAGACUGAAAUACCUCUUGAUUAUACUUUGAAUUGUCUCCCACUUUCUCCCUCUGACCUCCUGCAUCACCGGGAUUUUAUGCCAGACCUUCUCCCUAAUGAGUUCAUCAGCCUGUCGCCUACUUCGUCACAGGAGUACAGCUUUGGAUUGCAAACCUGCGAAGGUGCAGCUGAACUUUUCAACUUUGACUGUGACUUUAGUGGCCUCGCAGCUCUGGAUUUGUAAAUGGCGCCAGAAUGGGAUGCGUUUUUUUGGGGUGUGUGCACACGCAGCACAACCCCUCUUAUCAAAAUCAGUAAUUGCUGCUCCUGAUGCCUGGCUCUAUAGAUGUGGUCCACAUUCCUUUGAACAAUUUUUGUUUGUAAUGCAAGAAAAUCAGUUGCAAAGAUGAUGCAUUUGUAUUACUAAUCAAGCACUAUAUAUAAAUUAUAAGCCUCUCGUUACAGCAGAAGAUUAAGACACAGAGAGAGAGAGGUUAUAGUCUGGUUUUAGCACUUACAUUUGCCCAUAUGUUGUGUGUGUGGGUAAAAUGACUCAUAAUUUUGUUUAUUUGUUGGCUUUAUGGGCUAUCCAUUUGGGGUGGGCAGAGGAGAAAAUGGAACUUUAAUAAUGAACCUGCAAGCAGACAAACAGCUUGCUGAUGGCCUAACCGCUGGAUUGUAGUGUGUUGGCAAGCAAUAGCUUUCUGCACAGACAACCUUCUUGUCAUCUUUUCCUAAGAUAAAUUGCUUUCUGAAUGAAGAGCUUCAUGCCACCUCUUAUUUCUAAUCCCUCCUAAUGGCUUUUCCUGUGCAUUAUUGUAGAGGAAGCAGUUUCCAUUGUCAUGUGUUUGUUUUAAUUUAUUAAAUCCCAACAGCAUUGUUGUCCCUUCCUUUAACCUAUGAACGAUCGGUGCAAACAGCUUGCUGGUGUGAUACAUCGUUUUAUAGAAUCCAUAUUUUUCCCAUGCUGUUGUUUAUAUCGGCCAGUUACAUUGCAGUUAUGUACAUCACAGAAAAUUCACCAGGGUGCAGCUUUUUGAUUUGGGGUGUCUGGCAAAAAAAAAAAAAAAGGUUUAUGGGGGACUUUUUCUGAAAGUUAGUUUGUGUACAUUUUUACGUAAAAACUGCACUCAAAAGUAGUAUUUAUAAGUGAGUUUAUAUUUGUGAGGUCACCUUAUAUGGUAAAGAGGACAAUUUUUUUUUUCUCCGCCUUUAUUUCUGUGUGAAGAACGAACAGGAUCAGUGUGUUUGAUUGAGCUAGCUUAAUUUAUCAAUAAAUAUAUUUUCACUGCCAAUAAAAAAAAAAACUUUUUUGCAGCAAAAAGGGUUUAAAGCAAAUGAUCUUAAAAAUCAUGUUAUUAAUUGUUCUUGUGUCACUGCAUGCUGUAACAAUUUAAUUUAGAAAGCAAGAAAUAAAAUAAAACAAGACUACAUCCCUCCAA